AUGACCUUCUCAUUAGAUCUGGCAAGUACAAAUCAUCUUAGAAGCGCACAAGCCAUCGCUAAAGGCCUCGCCAGUAAAGGCACCGACUCAAAAUCAUACUGGAUCCAGAUAUCAGGAGCUUCCCUCUUUGCAAUCCCUGAGAUCAAGGAAGGUCGAUAUGGCGAGCCAUCAGACGAAGUGUAUGAUGAUGUGAAAGACUCUCAAAAGAUCCUUGCCUUCAUUCGAGACAAUCCGUCACGACAGGUGGACAAUCUCAUUGUGGCUCAAGAUCCGUCCGUUAUACGAACUGCUUUGAUUGUUGGUCCCUUGAUUUACGGCCAGGGAGCUGGACCUGGGAAUCAAAGGAGCGUCCAGGUGCCAGAAAUUGCCCGAGCAACGUUGAAAUAUGGCCAGGGAUUUCGCUUGUUGAACGGUCUCAAUCAAUGGAGCAACAUCCACAUUCGCGAUCUUGGUGACCUGUUCUUGUUGUUGGCGCAAGCUGCUGUCGACGGCAAGUCCCAUGUUUGGAACGAAGAGGGACUCUAUCUCCCAGGUCCUGGCGUCAUGGCAUGUAAACUUUCCGCAUGUAUCAAAAGCGAUGUGCUGACUGUGGCUCAGACUUUCGGCGAAGUAUGCCAACGUGUUGCUUCAGCAGCACAUGAGCAAGGCUUGCUCAAAAGCCCGAAGGUAGAAUUUACGAUCGACGUUGACGAGGCCAACAAAGUGACGUCUCACGGAGCUGUUCUGUGGGGUACCAAUGCAGUGUUCAGAUCAGGCAGAGCCCAGCAGACUCUGAGUUGGAAGCUUUCCGCCCCAACAUUGGCAGAAGUAAUACCAGAAACUGUAGCAUCUGAGGCAAAGACAUGGCAGGCGAAAGCAUAG